AUGGGAGAAAACAACUUAUAUAAUCGGGGGCAGUUGCUAGAUGAACUAGAGAAAUUAGGGGUCGACGUCAGGCCGAUGCCUAGACCUUCAUAUAUGAAGCCGUACCCAGAUAGGAUUGAUAAACUAUACCCAUUCCCUAGGGGUUACAAAGUUCCCGAAUUUAGUUUAUUCUCAGGAGAAGAGAAAAGUCAGUCAACAGUGGAACACAUCGCAAGAUUUUCUGCUCAAUGUGGAGAAGCAGGGGCUCACGACUUUUGGAAACUGCGUUUGUUUGCCAGUUUCCUCACCAAGGUGGCGUUCACAUGGUACUCCCAUUUAUCGCCUAACUCGGUCGAUACGUGGAAAGACCCGGAGAUAAAAUUCCACGAGAAAUUUUACAGGGCGCCACCCGACGUUACCUUGGCUGAUCUUGCAAGAAUUUCGCAGCUACCUAGUGAAUCCGUCGAGAAAUAUAUUGACCGCUUCCGGAAUUUGAGGACAAGGUGCAUGACGCACAUAUCCGAAGGGGAUUGCGUGCUGAUGGUUGUGAAAGGGAUGAACUUCGCCAUGCGAGAACAUUUCGAAGGCCACCGAUUUCGGGAUUUGUUUGAACUCACCAACAGAGUCACAGGUUAUGAACGAUUACUCCAAGAGAAGGAACAGAGGCGAGGAUCCUCGAAAGGUACCUAUUACCGCGAUCAGUUGGAUGUUGCCGUUGUUACCGAUAGCGAGGACGAUUCAUCUGACGAUGAGAUAUGUAUGGCCGAGUUUCUUGGGAAGAAACCAACGGAGUGCGCAGCGUUGAGGAAGCCGGGAUACGUGAAGAAGAAUAAGAUGGCGGUCAUCCAAAAAGAAUAUUCAUUCGACUUGACAAAGGCCGAUGAUAUAUUUGACGCCUUGCUAAAAGACGGGAAAAUCUCUCUAUCCGAAGGUCAUGUUGUAUUGUCAAGCGAGGAACUGAUUGGCAAAGAUUACUGCAAAUUCCACAACUCGUGGAGACACAGCACCAAUAAUUGCGUAGUGUUCAGGAACGUAGUCCAAAAGGCGAUAAAUGAAGGAAAAUUGUUGUUCCCCGCCAAAAGGGAGGCCGAUGCGAAAUGCGUUUCGAUCAACGUGAUUCGGCCCAAUUUGGACCAAGUGUUGGGUAUUGGGAAAGUAUUGGAGAAAUGGAAUGCUAAGUAA